CUCCUCUGAGGGCGGUGCUAAGCAGCUAACGCUUUCAUAACACCACAUAAAGUACAUUUAGUUUUUAUGGGUAAGUGAAAUCGAAAUUGUUUGGCCGAAGAGGAACCGAGGAUUGCACCAAGCUAUUGUACCUCCUGCGGUACAUUAAACGGAGGCUAAGAUGGCUUCAGCUCUGGCCAACAGAGCAAUGGGAGCCAUUGUAGGAUCAGCUGUAGCAGAUGCAGCAGCGCAGCCCCUCCACUGGGUGUAUGACCUCCAGAAGUUGCAGGGGAUUUUGGAUGAGAAUCCAAACCCUGAAUUUCGCCCUGAGUCCGCCAACCCUUUCUACCGGAGGCAGACGGGCCAGCAGAGCUGCUAUGGAGAUCAGGCGUAUGUGCUGCUGGAGUCUCUGUCUGAAUGUGGAGGUUUAAAAGUUGAUGAUCUAUCGCAGCGUACGUUGAAAUUCUUUGGACCAGGAUCAGAGUACGACACACCUGUCAAUGAUCCAUACAGAGAUAGAUCAGGACCAAGACCUCAGCUUCCCAUCGACGGACCGUGGAGACAAGGAAGUCUGAAGGGCUUCCUGAAGAAUGUGGAUGCGGGCAAGGAGGAGACAGGCUGUGAGACCGACUGUCAGAUUGAUGGAAUCGCUAAACUGGCCCCAAUAGUGGCUUUUUAUGCAGGACAUCCUGACAUGCUGGAAAAGGUUGAGCAGGCAACCCGUGUCACCCAGAACAAUGAUGAAUGCGUGGCAGAGACUCUGGCGGCUGCAAGGUUUCUGGAGCAUUUCAUCCUGAAUGGUCCGGAUCCAAAAGUACUGGACGUGGUACUCAGUCAGCUCAGUGACCCGAACAGAAAGCAGCCUCAGGAUCUGGACAAAGCAGUCAUUGGCCACAUUCAUCAGGUGAAGGAGAAUUUGUCCAAGACUCCCAAGGAGCUGAUCCCCACUGUGUUUCCAAACACAUGAGGUUUGCCAGGUGCGUUCCAAGCAGCGCUGCACGGAGUCCUGACAGCUAAGCAGUAUGAGGCGGCUGUCAGAGACACCAUGAGCCGCGGGGGAUGCACCUGCAGCAGAGGAUCCUUCAUCGGAGCAUGUCUCGGGGCUCAGAUUGGGCUUGAGGGAAUCCCAUCUUCCUGGACGUCCAAAACUCUGCGAUACAACUCAGUGUUGGAGCACGCCCAGAAGAUUACCAAACACCACCAAUAGUUUUCCAGCACUGUAAUGAGUUUUACAGUGUUGAACAACUGAGAACGUCCUGAAAAGCAGUUGGGCUUUUACAGAGCAGUGAAUGAAGGUUCUUGUCAAAACGUUUGGAUGGCAGGAACUGGAUGUUUUUGUUUCUGUUAAAGUUAAACAUGUUGGUUCAGGUGUUCUGUGUCUAAAGUCACUAAAAAAAGAGAUCAAAAUCCUGUUUUCUGCUACUUAGUUGAGCUUAUAAUGUCUGACCAGUUAUUGUAAAGCUCAUCAUUAUCAAAUAAAACCAGUAAUUUUGGAGCGAC